AAAGCAGAGGGGGUAUAUAACAUAGAGAGAAGGAAUCGUAUGAGUUUUACUUUCUUAUCUUUUCGUCUGAUAAUGAUGCAUGAUAGUACAUGUUCAAUGUUUGAUACAGCUUCGAGUAGAUGGCUAAUUCCCGCCACUCAUAUCUCGAGCAGAAGACCAUGAUAUAUACAAAUUACUGACGUGCUCUGUCGACGAUACCAGACAUCACCUCUUGCACGUGAGAGAAGCGUCUAUAAUUAGGACUAAUUAAAAUAUAUACAUAAAACUUCGUGAACUUACAGGGAGAGAUGUAUUUGUUUAAGUUCAUAUUAAACAUCUACUCUGAGAGCAUAAGCGAAAAGUCAAGAGUAACGAAAAGUGCAUUCCGUAGUGUAAUGAAAAAUAUUGUUUAUUUCUCUGCUUUUACGACAACUGAAAGUGGAUUAAACUGAAAAACCGUAUUCGUGGGGAAUGUGAACAGCAUCCAUUUGUCAGAUACACUUGCAGGGGUUAUUAAAUUGGUGAUUACAACCUCUUGAAACUCAACAUAAACAUUAUAAAAACAAGGUUUCAAGAUAGAAAGAAAACGUUUGAAAAUGUGAAAGAUAUGUGAGCGCUGAUGACAGUUAAAUUAGAGUUUUAAAGUUGUAGUUUUUUCUUUCUUUUUUGAGAUAAAAGUGUUAAAUCUUGGAACUAAUUUAUAGAAUAUUUCCCUCUGAUGUUCGUGUUUAGGAGAAAAUCCUUUAGGCCAGCGUGUUGAAAGUUUUAUUUAAUUGUGAUUAACGCAUUUAAGACUUCAGUUUGAAGUAUCGGGGUGCAAGUUGUUUUUUAUCCGUAGGAGAAAAAUCUGCAAGAGAACGACUAAAAAAUACAAGAAGGAUUUUGCGGUGUAUUUGAGCGGAAUCAGAGAUUGGCGUUUGAACUUUUCUGAUUAUUUUACUUUUGGCGGAUUGAAGAUGAAAGGAAAUUAUAGUUUUUUAGAUUGAAGCGUUCUUUUUUUUCAGUGGCUUUUUUUAUAGGUCAGAUAAAUCCCCCACCCGCACUCUGUAUUUCAGAAAGACUUUAUCGGCUGAGAUUAUACCUACGAUAUCUACUUCAAAUGAUUUUAUAAAAAUGUAAGAGGUAAAUUUCAUAGAUAAGACACUAAUCACCAUGUUCAAUGUCCUUUAAUAACGCAAACACGUACCGACACCCACAUCAUAAAUUGACCAAAUUAUGAAAAAGUGAAACUUGUUAACUAUCCAAAACUCUGGACUAAAUAAUGAUAUAAUGGAUACCAUGAAAAGAAGCGAACAAAGGCAUAUUACGACAGUGUUUCGUCUAGUGUUUACGACUUUUGAGGUUUUUCACAAUUCGCGGAGAGGGUUACCUGUUUGAUAUUGUAAUAUCUAUAUUGUUAGUGAGAUCAAAGGAAAACCUCGCUAAUGAGGUGCGUACGGAACGUCACAGCGAGCGCGGUCAGUGAAGAGGGCAACGUUGAAGAUGGCGGCCAAGCAGAUGACAUCGAGCGCGCGGAUACAUUGUCGUCUGCAACCGAGAAUCUCAAUCCGAGGAAACGGAGAUAUAAGUUAUUUCUAAAAGUGUUACAAAAACUAAAUAUGUGUUUUCUUGUGAUAUUUAUUGGUUAUUUUGCUUGGACAAUAGCUGCAAACUAUGGUCACUCAGGGAUAAACAGUGUCUCAUCUUGGAAUACCUCAAACAACCAGAAUGUCACAAUAAAGACAGAGAAUUCCAGCAGUUAUACUGGUAAUAGCCGGUCUAUUCCAUUUCAUUCAUCAUCAGACGACAAUCUUACUGACCCGCCAUAUCAACCGAAUAUUGUGAUGCCAUCACACCGGAAGCAGGCGAAAAGACGCCGAAAGAAAGGCCGGAACCGGAAACGGAAACAUAGGAAGCACAGGAAAACUGUCUACAGCAGUUUAGAAGAUUACCUAAAUCUAACAAUAGAGCGGCGUAAAAAUAGAAAUGCAAAAAUGACUUGUACUGACUGUAAAAUAAGGAAAAGAAAAGGACGACGACACAAGUUCACUGCUGGGAAAAUAAGUCCAUCUGUAUUAAGACGGGUUUUAGAAAAAGUAGCAGACGAAACAUUAUCCGGUGCACGUACUGGUACCGGAACUAUUUCAAGUCUGUAUGAGGAAGACAAAGUUCGUCAGGAUUAUGACAGAGACCCGGAUGAAACUGGGUGGAGUUAUGAUCAACAUUGGGUCAGUAUCUCAGGGGGAGACACCAUCAGUCAGGAGGACACUGUAUAUAAAACAGACGAUAAAUUUUCAAAUAGACGCACAACUCCUUGGACGCCAUGGUCUCCUUGCAGUUCCUCUUGCGGCGCAGGACAGCAAGAGCGCAUGCGUAAAUGUGGCAGCGCAUGUACGGAAGUCGAAUCAAUGGUGUGUGUAAAUCCGCCCUGUGAAGGUUCAUCACAGGAGGAAAGUUCCAGCACAAUUAGUGAAUUUUAUAAAUGGGAAAAAGAGGGAUUCGUUCCGCCAAUGACUUUACCCGAACAGGAUUAUUUAGAUUCAAAUAAGGAUGUUUGCGGUAAAUGGGUGAAGUGUAACAAAAAGUUUGCUCAAGAUUUUAUCAAGAAUUCAUCUUUACCGGCGUGUCCAUGUUAUUUUCCUCUAAUACGGGUAAAAAGUAAAGAUAUUUUUGACGUUGAAUUAGACAAAAAUGUGAAAUGGAUUGACGCAAGCAGCCAUGGUGAUUUAGUUUACAAGCCGGGUGCUUUUGCGUGUAUGCGGUCGUCACUUGUACCAGGGGCAACAACUCUAGCAGUGCAACAAUGUUGUUAUGACAGCCUGUAUUCUCUUGUUACUCGUGGGCAAGCAGCGGGGACACCUGUACUCAUCAGUCCAGAAAUCUCAAAGGAACUCCAUCAUAAAGUAGAUUUAUUACCAUGGAUUAUAUGUAAAGGCGAUUGGACCAGAUAUAACCAAGUACUGGCUCCUGACAAUUCACUUAAGUGUUACCAGAAUCCAGAUGACAACAUAAUAUCGUGGCAAAGACAACAAGUUGGCAACUAUUGAUAUUGUACCACUAAGCAGGUGCGCUGCACCUAUAUUUGAUUAGAACACCCAGAACAUGUUCUUCGGAACGUUGCGCGAUAAUCGAACUCGGAGCGUCGGACAACAAGGGAGACAACUGAUGACAUAGUAGGCGUUCAGGAGUAGGAAAUCUUGCUUUACAUAAACAAUUUCAGCAAGAAGCAAUCACUGUAAUUUAUCAUACAUAAAGAGAUAAUGUUUUAAAUACAUGCAUAAAUGUGUAUAUAUGAUCGAGACAGGGUAAUACAUACAAUAUAUUUGCGGCGAUUAUUGUAAUAUUUAAUGGUAAUAGAAUCUCAAGAUGUCCCCAGAGGUGACUGUAGUUACCUCCCCUUACAGUUAUUUGAAAGGAUUGGACUUCUGGACUAUACAAGGCGUAUAAUAACACUGCCUUUAAAUGACAAUCAACUUAUGCUUUAACUAGUGUCUAAACAGAAGGAAUGCUUGUUAGUUAUCAUAUCCUUAAAGGUCAAGGCCGGUGACAUGCAUGCUGACCUGCAGAUCAAUUAAAAUGAAAUUAUUUCAUUAAAUGUUAAAAGAUACUUGUAAAGCAGGGUCUUUCAAAUACAGGUAGAAAUAUUUGAAAAACCCUGCAUAAAGGCCAUUUUCAAAUAAUGAUCGCUUCUUUAUAUAUACAUAAGCUUAUGACCUUUAUAAUCGUGUCAAGGGUCAAAAUAUAAAAGGAUUCUCUUGGAAAUAACUAGAUUUAUGAUAGUUUGCUUUUCUUUUACAUUCAAGAACUUUGUUUGACUGAAUUCAUAGCAAUCAGGCCUUUUGGACUCAAAUCAGAUAAUGAUGUGUUUAAUAGAGGUAUCAAUUUUAUAAGUAUUUUAAUACGCUUGUCACGUUUUAAAGAUUGACCAAUGAACUUUACCUGAUUUAAUGAAUAUUCAUCUAUGUAUAUCUACUGAUGUCACUUUAAAGCAAAGUUUACUUAAAAAUGGCAACAUGACCAUAUAUAGAAAUUAGGACUCUUUUUUUUCGGUGUGCGUGUAUCGCCUCGAACUGUGUUAUUUGGCAAGAACCGUAAAUGGGCGCUUCAGGCUUGUGAGUCGGGCGUAAAAUGACCACUUUUCAGAGGUCAGAGGUCAUAGGUCAGACGUAAUAUAGAUGUUAAUUCCCCUAUAUCUUUUAUCUUCCUUCUAUACGAGUAUUUGACACCUUCGAUAGGGGCUUCUGAUGACGUCAUUAUCUUGAUUUGGGUCCAUUGUAGUCACAUUUUGGAACGGGUAGCAUUUUAUUUUCUUUUUGGUUACUUUCUUCAGGGGUAGUAAUCAAACAUUCCGUAUAAACAUCCUGUUUUAUACCGGAUACUUGUUAUAUACCAUGUUAUAUCUUGUUUUAUCAUUAAAAUGUCGUCUGAAAUG